GCAGUGUAAAUUGACUGGCUCCACGGUGGAUCUCCCAGUGACCGGCACAUGCCCGACCUGGAGAUCUGGGGAGAGGAGCGUCCUGAGCGCAGCGCACAGCCAUCGGCUCCGAGGUCAGGUCAGGGACAGACCGCGGGGGGGGGACGCGGACCAGGGACAGAGACACCGUCAGGCUGGAUUCAACAACUAGUACAACGUCACCAGCCCACGUGUCCCUAAGUACACAGCCAUAUGAAGUGCACACCCUUAUUUUUUAAUGGCGUCAGCCAGAGAUCAUGGGGCAAGCCCGGAGCAAAAAGAUGCAGCCGACCAAAACUUUGACUACAUGUUCAAGCUGCUGAUAAUCGGAAACAGCAGCGUGGGAAAGACCUCCUUCCUGUUCCGCUACGCAGACGACUCCUUCACUUCAGCCUUUGUCAGCACAGUGGGCAUCGAUUUCAAGGUCAAAACCAUCUACAGGAACGACAAGAGGGUCAAACUGCAGAUCUGGGACACAGCGGGACAGGAGCGCUACCGGACCAUCACCACAGCCUAUUACAGAGGAGCCAUGGGAUUUCUGCUCAUGUAUGACAUCACGAGCGAGGACUCAUUCUGCGCUGUUCAGGACUGGGCAACGCAGAUCAAGACGUACUCGUGGGACAACGCUCAGGUCGUGCUGGUGGGAAAUAAGCUGGACAUGGAGGAAGAGAGGCAGGUUCAAACUGAGGACGCCCACAGACUGGCUUCAGAGCUCGGCUUUCAGUUCUUCGAAGCCAGCGCCAAAGACAAUGUCAACGUGAAGCAGGUCUUUGAGAAGCUGGUGGACGUCAUCUGUGAGAAGAUGAACGAGAGCGUCAACGGCGAUGCCAGUCCGGCAGGCGGCUCCCAGGGAGAGGGCCUGAAGGACACGUCCCACAGCAGCCAGGGUGGCUGCGCAUGCUGAUAGCUGACAGUGGGAAUUCAUUGACUGCGGUUUCAUGGCCUCACACACACACUUAGAAACACACACAGAGAAAAAAAAAUGCCAAAAAUCUACCAUUGUGAAUGUACCCUAUGAUACAUUACUGCAAUACUAUCAUGGAUGCUUGGCUCCCUUCUUCAUUUCUUGUUCUCAACUUGACGGCGUCGCCGGCGCUUCCUCAUGAUUUGAAUGUGACUGAUGCCAAAGAGCUGUGUGUGCUAGAGCUGCUGUGCCUUCUGCCUGACUGUCUGUAUAAUUUCCUGUUGAAUGGGUGAGUAGCACCUGUUGCAGGUGAGGAUUUGAACAAAAGGCAUGAACCACAUCAGCAUGGCAUGGUGGGUAAUUUACUUGUGUUAUGCUACCCCCUUGUGGGUAUCUUGUGAAAUUGCAUCGCUGUGACUCCCUGCCCCACACUUCACAGUAUAUCCCGUCUGUCACUGUGGAUUCGCGUGCACCUCGGAAAGUACCAUUUGCCAAGUUGAGAGGUCGUUACCCUGACUUUGAUGUGUUCAUGUGCUGUGAAGUAGGAAUGUGGAAAAAACAGGACGCUGAGAACAAAAUCUGUUUAAAGGGUUUAAACAACACCUUGAAUCCUCUUUCCAAUAUUGACAUGAUUAGAGAGAGCAAAGAAAAAAGGACCAGGUGUGACAGGCAUAUAAAUAAUAUAAAAUAUGCACGUUAAUCAGAAAAACGUCUUUAUUGGCUAAAAUAAAUCUGGUGUCAGGUGCUUGUAAGAGAUGAACAUACAGUUUGCAAGUGUCUAAAGUUCAACUGUUGAAAAGUUCACAUCAAAAGCUUCUGUUUGGAGCUGAGUGUAACAUUACGUUUUUUGUUUAUACCCGAUGACGUCAGCAACUUGUGUACCAACAUUUUCACCGACUUCUUUUUCCGUCUUGAGGUGGCGGUGACGUAAAUCUUCCCCGGCAGCGGUUAAAAUUUUUCCGAUUACUCCAUCAGCACAUGAACACAAUAUCAUUAUAGGUCAAACACACCUGGAAGAUGCUGUGUCAUUCCAGGUGUAUGCGUCGCAUUCCGUCAGUCUUGUUAUUACUGUUUUGUAGGGACAUUCUCAUUUUAUUUUAAUUUAUACUUUUCUUAUUGUACUUGUAAUGGUUAAUGCUAGUCCAAUAUUUAAUUUGCCAGGUUUAUUGUGUUGCUCUAAAAGUUGAGAUUAAAAGAUAUGGAUCAAUACAA